AUGGCAGGUGAUGAACUAGAUGACGGACUAGAAUACGAGGUUGACUUUUCUGACACAGAGACUGUCCCUCAGGUCGAAACUGCCGAAGUGGCUGAGGACGGUUCUGAAGAUGAGACUUCACCAAAAGAGAACUCCAAGAAGAGAACCAAGAAUCCCAAAUUGCAAGAGAAGAAGAAGCUCAAGAUGGAUAUGGACAUUGAAAAGAAGAAGAAACUCUCUACUGAGUCUUCGCCUGAAGUCAUCUGUGAUUAUGUGAACGAUGUUAUCCGUAAGAGGAACACAGAACUCUCGGCCUUGGAGUUGUCUGAGCUCUACCUCAAGAAAGCAGACUUCAGAUCGUCAUCUGAGUUCGAUGAACCCCGUACGCUUGACAACUUGUCCAAGUUUAUCGACAACAGGUUUGGCAACAUGCUCCCUUCAACUACACCAGGAAAGAAAAACACCAAGAACAAGAAGAACAAGAAGUCCAAGGGCGCCAAAGACACCGAGGAAGGGGAUACCAACCAGGAAAGAAAGUUCAUUGCUAUCAUGUCCAUGUCCGCCAUCAGAGCAUGUGAUGUCCAUCGUGCUCUUCGAGACAUUCCAGGCUCUUCCCUCAAGCUUAUUAACAAGAAUAAGCUACAUGUUGACCUCAAACUCGUUUCCACAACCUGGUAG